CGCGCACGACGUUAAAACUGUCCGACGGGCGCGGCGCGCACACGUACCGCGGACGGACGACUCUACAACGGCGGCGCCCGCAUGUGACCGGGUACGUAACAACAACGGUUACCGCGACCACGGCCGUAUCUGCACGGUAUACCUGUUCGAGUUUCUUUCCGAACUGACCGCCGCCGCCGAACCGGUGGGCGGGAAACGGGUAGUGCGGUAGAUAAGGAGCCAGAGCGCGCGCCCCCAGGACAUGUGCCUCGCGCUACUGUUGUUCAUGGGCAACGCGAUGACGGGCGUCGGUCGCAAAACGGUCGAGUCGGCGGACCGCGGCGGUGGUGUUGUUGUUGACCGCCGGCAAAACGAAAUCAUGGACGAGCUGACCAAGGACGUGGAGCGCCUGAAAGCGAUGAUGGAUGAACGGGACCGGACCAUCCAACAGCUGAGCCGGACCGUCGACGACAUUCACAAUAUGGUGUCGAAUCAAAGUCUCUUACCACCCUCACAACAUCGGCUACAUGACAAGAAGAAAGGGGUAUCGGGAGAAUGUUCGACUUUAACGGAAGCUGCACAGUUGCCGUUUCCUAAACAAUCCAAACCCAUCAAAACUAAACAUCUAAUUAAGCAAGCGUUAUGUAAAAAUCCAUUUUUGAAAAACCUGAACACCGCCCAGAUUUCCGAGAUAGUAGACAUUAUGUACCCGAAAAAUUUUGAAGCUGGAGCUUACGUCAUUCGAAAAGGCGAUCCGGGAUGUUGUCUGUACGUGGCCGACGAAGGAAAGUUUGACGUGAUCCAAAGUGGCCGGGUGGUCGAUUCAAUCGGACUGGGCGAAGUGUUCGGUGAGAUGGCCAUACUUUACAACUGUCCGCGGACCGCAUCGGUGAGAGCCGUCCAAGAUUCCAGGGUAUGGACUCUGGAAAGGAUAGCGUAUCAGCAAAUCAUGAAAACUUCAGCCAUGCGGAGAUUCGACGAGAGGGUGGGAUUCCUAAAAAACGUACCACUAAUGAAGGAUCUCAACGAAGAAUUUUUAUCAAAAAUAGCUGACGUCUUGAAAGAGGAGUUUUAUCCAGAGGGGCACUAUAUCAUAAGACAAGAUACUUUGGGCGACAAGUUCUAUAUACUUAGCGAAGGGCGUGUAAAAGUCACAAAAACCAAUAAAGGUGAAGACGAAGAAGAGGAGUUUGGGGUGUUAGAACAAGGAGAGUUUUUCGGAGAAGUAGCUCUGUUAAAAAAAGACAAGAGGACCGCGAAUGUCGUGGCCAUGCACCCUGGAGCUGAAUGUCUGACGCUCGACAGAGAGCCUUUCGUGCACUAUAUCGGAAAUUUAGACGAAUUAAAAAAUAAAAAAUAUACCGAACUGCCGCGAAAACCGUCAGUCGAAGCAACAUCAGUGGAAAAAAUAUUUUACCCGGAACUAUUCCGCGUGGAGCUGACGGACUUCGAAACUGUGGCUACGAUAGGUGUGGGCGGCUUCGGCCGGGUCGACUUGGUUUGCUUGAAGCUCGACCGGAAUCGAUCAUACGCAAUGAAAAAACUGAAAAAAAAACAAAUAGUCGACAUGCAGCAACAGGAGCAUGUGUAUAACGAGAAAAGCAUUUUGGAAUCGUGUACCAGCCCGUUUAUCAGCAAGCUUUACCGUACGUACAAGGACAACAGAUACGUGUACAUGCUGAUGGAAGCAUGUUUGGGUGGCGAGGUGUGGACCUUCCUACGAGAUCGCAGAUGUUUCGACGACAACGCUGCGUGUUUCGUAAUAGCGUGCGUAGUGGAGGCACUAGACUACUUGCACAGCGUGGACGUCGUAUACAGGGACUUGAAACCGGAAAACCUAUUGCUCGACAACCAGGGCUUCGUAAAAGUGGUGGACUUCGGUUUCGCUAAAAGGCUACAACCGCGGGGCAAAAAGACGUGGACGUUCUGCGGCACACCCGAAUACGUGGCUCCAGAAGUCGUGCUGAACAAGGGUCAUGACCGAGCCGUGGAUUUUUGGGCUCUGGGAAUACUGGUAUACGAGCUGCUAGCAGGAAUACCUCCAUUUAGCGGUCAAGAUCCGAUGGACAUUUACAACGCGAUACUGAAAGGCAUCGGGGCCGUUAACUUCCCGCGACAGAUGAAUAAAAUGACUCAAGGACUAGUGAAGCAGUUGUGCCGAAGCGACCCAACGGAGAGGAUAGGCUAUCAAAAAGGCGGCAUCCAAGACAUCAGACGACACGAAUGGUUCAAAGGCUUCGACUGGAUGGGCCUGAGGAACAAGAGCAUAAUUCCGCCAAUCAUUCCACACAUCAAUAACCCGUUGGAUUCCUCGAACUUCGAUAUUUAUCCUGAAGACGGAGACGUACCACCCGACGAAUCAUCCGGUUGGGACUCAGAAUUUUGAAACACCUUCGACGCUAUUUAUAGUAUAGAAACGCGAAGAAUCAUUUCCAGGACUGCACACAUAAUAUUAUAUUGACAGUACCCAAGCAUUUUUCUUUAUAAGAAUACGACUAUUCACGUUUUCCGAAAAUACCUCGUAACGUCAUCACGUACGGGAGCAGCCAUUUUCAAAAUUGCAUGAAACCAUCAAAUGACUAAAUUACAGAGGAACUAUGUACAAGAAACAAAUCUUUUCGGGCUGGGUUACUUACCUGAAUAAUGGUAAAACAUUUCAUAUUUUUUUUAAAACAGAGCAAGUGAAAUAUUCAACAAAAUUAAAAAAUAUCUUACUUGUAUG